AUGGAGGAGGCCCAGACGCAUCCUGCACUUGGGCAGGAUCAUGUGUUUUCAUGGGCUGUGGUGGUGAUGUGCAUAGGUAUUUCAGCGGGCAGUGCACAAGAAAUGCGCGGCCCCGCUGCUGGGCAUAGUGUAGGUGCAGGUCGACCAUCGGUUGAGCCAGUGGGGGCAGGUGGGGCUGGCUUGGGUGCCUUAGCGCAGUGUGCAGACUGCCAAUGCGACUAUUGUGCUCGGUCUGCCUCUGCAAGGUAUUGGUGGGAUGGCUGCUGCGUGCCCACCCAGGUGUUGUCAGCCCGACGACUGCAAUAA